CGACGAUCCUGCCUUCUUCGCGGCUGGGCCCGACCAGCUGAUCGAUGUCUACCUUCUACAUAUGGGCUGUUGCGUCUUAUUCUUUCUCUCUUGAUUUAUAAUCCGAGUCACAGAGAUAUUCUACUGUUUGGUAGUUACUGAAUUAUGCAAGCGCUUGGGGGAAUACUGGAGAGACUCUCAUACGGUUGGCGUUGUUGUGGCUCACUUACAAUAAUACCUAUUGAGGGUCCAUGUCAAGCUCUGCCUCAAGCCACUGACUAGUUUCCACCAGUCAUCUGAUGCAUUGCCUUCUUAUGAGGGAAUUUACAGUCCAUACACAGCACGGAUCUCUUUUUCUCACCCUCCCGUCAACCCCUCUUUCUCGGCCCCUUCCCCCUUCAGGUGCUUAGUCUUGUCUGGUUGUUCCAUCGCAAGACCUCGAAAAUGUAUACGGGGGCUUUUCCACGACCGAGGCCAGCCCGACGGGCUGCGACGAUCGACUUUAUGGAGAACCGUCUGCCUGAAUUGCAUCCAGCCUUCAAGCAUACGCACCUUCAAUAUGAUGCGAUAUCCCAGGAUUUCGUACCGGCCUGGAUGUUGGGCCCAGACGCAGGGCAGAUUCCGCCGCGCCCGGAGUCAGCUCCAGUUAAUGCCAUGAAGUUCUGGGCUCAAAUAUUUCCUGAGUCCAUGACAGGCUUAAAGGAUCAGCAUCCGGAGCCGCAAGGGCUGGCCAAGGCUGGCUUUAGCAUCCGGAAUGAGAAGAGCUGGCAAGGCGUGUGCAACAGGUUGGAGAAGGCGAAGGUUAAAUAUGAGAUUCCCCAACGAAAGAGUGUGAAGGCAAUCUUCCGCAAAUCCUACCGAAAGAUAGCGGGAAAGACCGACCAGCUGAAGACCAUCACCAAAAUUGGUGCCCAAUUGGAAUAUAUCUCGCCCUUUCUGGUGGCUGUGGAUAUCCUGCUUGAUGCCGCAGCGACGGCGGCCCAGUUCCGCGAGCAGGUGGCAACAGCCCUGGACCCCCAAACGCUGGAGGAGGACUUUGAAAGGAUAGAAUUCUUUCUCGCCACCUACACCCGGGAUCGGAAGAUCCAAAAAGCAUCCGUGGAUUUGGUUGUGGCAAUCUUGAAAGCCAUCGAAGAUGCGAUGGUGUUUUUCCAGAGUAGCCAAUGGAAACGCAUAUGGGGCUCCGUAACGCAAGGGAAAGAUUACCAGAGCGCCCUGACAGAGAGUAUGAGCGAAAUCAAGCGACACAGCUCCCGCCUCGUGACCUUCGCCGACGAGGCAAAUAAGCACAGCAAUCGGACCGGCUUAAACAUGCUCAUCCAGGGCGCGGCACACCUUACGGCGAUAGGUCGCGUCAAUAUGCAGAAAUUAGACGACGCAGCUCACCUAGCAGAUGUUCGGGAUGCCCGCAUGUUUAACAUGGUGAAGGACCUCUUCCAAAUGGCAGAGGAGGAAAAGAAACGGAAACGAGAAUUGGAAGAUCAGGAGGAAAAGGAUCGUGAAGAGCAAAGAUUAAUAUUGGAGAGGCUGUGUGACAAAGUUGACAGACUUGAAUCCCCCAAGUCUGACCGUCCAUCCCCAAGUAUACAGCCUCAGCCUCCAAUCAUGCCCAUGCCAAUCGGAUUUAUGCCACCCUUGAUGAUGCUAGCUCCCCCGCCAGCAUGGACACUAUUUCCUUCCUGGAUUCCACCCCCGCCGCCAAUGCCUGUCACCCAGGACAUACUCUGGGCCAAACUGGGCCCUCACCACAACGAAAAUGUCGAUAUCAACCAUGUUCUGUUCCAUCGCCUGCAGAUCCCGCCCUCGUCACGUGGCCGGGCUGAAGCCGCUGUGUCUAGUCCAGAAUUCCGCCGUUGGAUAGCUGUCCCAUAUCCCAGGGAGCUUCUCAUUCAAGGCGACCCGGAUGCGGAUGGCUACGAACUGUCUGGGGUGUCCCUAAUUUCAGCCUUAGUCUGCUCGGCCCUUAAGGGCCGGGAGGACCACGUGCGGCUCGUGUGGUUUUGCUCUUUGCACGACGACGGCAGCGAUGACACCUCGUCUUGCAGCUCAAUGGAUAGCGGAAUUGAUUCAAACUCACAAAGUCGCCUCUACGGGGGAGUCGCCAUGCUGACCUCAUUCAUUGCCCAAUUGCUGCAACAGCAUGCGUUUGACUUUACGUUGUGGCCACAGGGUGCGGCGGCCAAGCAUUUCCAACUGCAAAGCAUAGCCAAGGGACAGAUGAAAACUUUGGCCACCGUAUUCGAGUGGCUCGUUCGGCAGAUUCCUGCGGAAACCACACUCUCUAUAGUCAUUGAUCAGAUUGGACGCUACGAGACUGACGAUUUUAUGGAUGACAUGCUCGCCGUGUUGAAGCUGGUGUUAGGACUGAGACGCUCAGAGGAUGUGAAUUGCAUCGUCAAGGUUCUAGUCACUAGCUCGGAGCAAACGAAUGAAGUCUGCGACAUGUUUCAGGAUGAUGGCGAUUCUUUCUUGGAUUUUGAUGCGCUGGAAGAGAUGGAGGAGAUUGAGGAAUCAGACCUUAAUCCGGGAGGGUCGGGGGACGAGGAGGAUUAAGCUAAUGCCUUAUCAGGUCAUAGAUCCAUAAACAAUGGCAGGGAGCGAAGAGUGGCAAGGGGUGAGCACUAACGCCGAAAGACCAAGUACUCGGCCCAGGUAGAAAGUCUGACACGUGUACAAGGUCCCAAUGAGAG